CCAGAAGAACAUGCUCUUUGUGGUGAGCUUACUCUUGAACUGGCUCUGAUAGGCGGAGUUCUGCCAGACACCCUUUUGAACUAUAUUAUUUGGGCAUUUGAGACAAAUCAACGUAACAAGCUUUGGUCGCGAAGUUGCCGACUGGUGAACAGUGCCUUACAAGGAGUAGAAAAUGGGGAAGAAAAAGCCCUACAGGAUUCUGGCCAAUGGACUAUGGAAGUCAGAGCCUGGGAGGUAGCGCUGGAAGCGGAAUCUGGCGCUAAAGCUUCCCUCGGCGCAGGACUUAAACAGCAGUGGCGAUGGCCAGGUCCAGUUGCUUCUGGCAACCAGGCCUUUUCUAAUGGAUAG